AUGAAACCACAAAUGAUUAUCAACAAGGAAGUGCUGCAAAUUCUCAAGAGGCAUCGCUCCUUUACGAACUUUCCAAACACAAAACCUCUUCCGAGUUAUAAAAUAACAACGUUAUGUUCACAUCCAGCCGACUACGGUGGUUGGGCGGAUCUAAGCUCCGUCGGCGAUUCAGGUUUCGUGUGUGCUCUAGCUGUUUCUAGGGUUAGGAUAUCAUCUAUUGUUGUUUUCCCAGCGUGUUUUCUUGUUUUUGCCGUCGGGUUUUCAUUUGGGAUUGUGAAUGGGGGAGAUUCCAGUGAUGUUAUGGGUUUAUUCGGGAGUAUUAGGGGUAAUAAAAACAAGAAGAAACGAAUCAAAGAUGAUGAAUUCAUGGCUUCAGCUGAAAAUUUGAGGAGUCUGGUGGAUCUAUUAAAUGGUUUCGAUAUAAACAUUAUGAAUUUAAAGAAUAGCAUGAGAAAAGAUGUUGAUUCUAAUAGAAUAAGUAAAGGUGAUUUACUUAAUUACAUUGAGGGAGUAGAAUCAAUUGAACAAGCUCUCUUGCAAGCUAAAACUAUGAUCGAAGGUUGUACAGAUAGCAUGGUGGCUGACACCAAUGAUGCUUCUAAAGCUUCGAAUCAGAAACCUAGUGAUAGGAAGAAAGAGGUGGAGGGGAAAGGGUUCAAUAUCUCACAGUUCAUUAAUGGUGUUCGAGAAAAAUCUUUUGGUUCAAAACCUGCUAAAGUCAAAGAUAGCGUUAAGAAUAGUCAACCAAACAUCCUGGAUCCAGUUGUUGAAGACAAGACUAUGAAAUCUGUAGCCAGUGAUGAUAAAAUCACAUAUAAUGAUGGUGAUUUUAGGGUUAAAGAAACAUACAGAAGAAAAACAAUGGGUAGAAUGACUUUAGUGGAGAUGGAAACAACUGAUAAACAAGUGUUUGAGAGAGAAGAUUACAUGAAUAAGGAUAAUGAUACGCGAUCAUCUAUGAAGAACAGGAAUUUUCUUGAUUCAGAGGAGUUUUUCCAGCAAGAACACGGGAGGUAUAAGAACAAUAAUGGAAAUAAUAUACUUUAUGAUAAUUUGGAUGAAAAAGAAGCCUACAAUUCAUCUCCAUCUUCAUCUUCAGAGAUAUCUGAUGAUAUGCUUUUUAAUGAUUAUGUAACUGAGGCGAAUGCACUUGUAAAACAAGCGAGAGAAUUGUUAACACAUAGAGGGAUUGAAGAAGAUGCAGAAAGCAUGUUGUAUAAAUCGACUGAAUUGUUAUGUAAAGCCAUAGAAAUGAAGCCCAUGAGUUUAUUAGCUGUUGGACAAUUGGGAAACACUUACCUUCUUCAUGGAGAAUUGAAGCUAAAAGUGAGCCGAAAAUUAAGAGCUCUACUUUCACAAAGUGAAGAGUGUGAAGAAUUUGUUGAUAGAGAAGAAUUUGUUGAUUAUCUUGUUAAUGUGUGUGAAGAGUGUGAAGAACUUUUAGUUAAAGCUGGAAGGAAGUACAGGCUGGCAUUAUCAAUUGAUGGGAAUGAUAUGAGGGCAUUGUAUAACUGGGGUCUUGCUCUUUCCUUUAGAGCUCAAUUGAUAGCAGAUAUCGGACCUGAAGCGGCUUUAGAUGCUGAUAAGAUUUACAUGGCUGCCAUUGACAAAUUUGAUGCAAUGAUGUCCAAAAGCAAUUCUCACACACCAGAUGCUCUUUUUAGAUGGGGUGUGGCAUUACAACAAAGAUCUCACUUAAAGACAAGAAAUUUCAGAGAGAAAGUUAAGUUGUUGAGUCAGGCAAAAAGGCUUUAUGAGGAUGCACUUCUCAUGGACUCCAGUAAUCUUCAGGUGAAAGAAGCCCUUUCAAAUUGUGUAUCAGAACUCAGGUACAAGAAGUAUUACUAGUUAUUAUUUUGAGUCGCUUGCUUUUGCCAAAUAUUGUAAAAGGGUCCAAUUUGGUUAUUUGUUAUAGAAUUUAGAAUAAGUUUCUACACCUAGAAUAUGGCAAAAUACGUAGCAAUGAUGUGAAUAAUAAUAGCAACUUGUAACUGUGGCUCUAUGAAAUUGUUAUAUGAUGAUGAUUGGAUAAAUUCGGUCACUCGUGG